UCAUGACAGUUUCUUGGGAAACAAAUGAAAAGACUCUCUUGACAAGAGAGCUUUGGCACAGCUGAUCAUGCUAUUAAAUAUAAACCAGCCCCAUGGAAUAAAGAGUUUCUUAAACAAUUAGCUAAAGUGAAGUAGUCAGAGUAUUGGAAGGGGCUAUGCAGAUUAUAUCAUUGUAUAAAUUAUUGAGCUGGUGUGGGGGAAAAGAAAGAUAUAACUUUCUCUCUCAUGUCCUGAGGGUGGGGGCGCUGAAAGUUUAUACCUCUCAUCUGAAAGUUAUACCCAUUGCUUUCUCUGCUUAGCUAAUUGAAUUUACAAUAUUCAGUAGCUAGAUGGUGAAUGUGGUUUAGAGAGAUACAUGCUGAAUUAUAUAUUCGACUGUGAAUGUUCCAUAGUUUUCAGUACCCUUCAUUUGUGGAUGCAGCAGCUCUUAACUUUUGCUGUUUAUUUAAUAGUCUUAUUCAGGUGUUUUUAUUUAUUUUGAUUAAUAAAGAUUUCUGAGCAAUGAUGUAGGUAUUAGUGAUCACAGGAAGAUACAAGCCUGAAUGGCCCUGGCUGCUUGAGAAACAACCUCUAUCCUUCUGCACCAUCUCAACAGCGAAUGCUCAGUGAAGCCAGUCCCUGGAAGGCCACUUGGGGACAGAAGCUCACACCUGUUCAUUCCAGAGCUGUUCCACUCUACAAUAUGCCUACACAACUGGAGAAUGCUAUGGACACCUUGAUCAAGAUUUUUCACCAUUAUUCAGGCAAAGAAGGGGACAAAUACAAACUGAAUAAAGGAGAACUCAAACAGCUCCUUACCAGUGAACUCACUGACUUCCUUUCAUGCCAAAAGGAUCCGCAGCUGGUUGAUAAGAUCAUGAAAGAUCUGGAUACCAAUAAAGACAAUGAAGUGGAUUUUAAUGAAUUUGUCAUUCUGGUUGCUGCUUUGACUGUAGCAUGCAAUGACUUCUUUGAGGAACAGCUAAAGCAAAAGGAAAUUGGAAAUGAUAAGUAAAUGAACCACUCAGACACAAAUGUAACUGAAUCAUGCUUAGUUAGCACUCAUCAGCAUUAUGUGACUACAAACUAUGUCGUGUUAAUGUUAUUAAAUCGUAAGGACCAAGUCGUCAGUUGGUGUAAAGCAGCAGGUCUCUGCUGACUUCAGUGGGCCCAUAUUGAUUUUCACCACCUGAGAAUUUGGCCCUAAGUAUCUUCCAAGAUUUUCUGCUUUUACAUCAUGCAUUUGUCACUUCCCUGAGGCAAAAGCUCCAGAAGAUAGUUCACUUGACUGAGUUUCUGAGUUUUCACCCUCCUACUUGUAUUCACCCCUUUUUCAUCUACCCUGUCCCACAUCUAGUGUGCAGCCCCCUCCACUGGCAUGCAUUCCUCUGGAAACUACAGUUUGCUGUCUGACUUUUACAGCUGGUUCAAAUUUUUCAAACACAUAAUUUUCCUGUUGAAAAAUGGGUUAUUUUUUAAAAAAUAAAUUAAAAAUUUUUAGGCGGUGGUGGGAAUUUCAUUUGACACAAUUUUUGAAUGGGAAAAUUUGAAAUGAAAUGUAAUGAAAACUUUCAUUGAGUUUUGAACUGAAUUUUUAAUUUAAUUUUGAAGUGUCCUGUUGAAAACUCUAAUUUUUUGGCAGGCAAAAAAGGAUGAUUUUUUUGGACCAGUUCUGCUCAGUUUGGGCCACCUUCUUCUCUGUUUUCAUUUCUCAAGCCCUCCCUUCACUUGCACUGAUAGGCUGCAAUCAUGCCUUCCUCCCAUCCAUUUGGACAGAAUGCAUGGCUUCCUUCAGCUUCCCAACCUUGCCCAGCUUCACUUCUAUUGUGUUCUGCCACUCUGUUCAACUCCUUCUCUCAGCAUAAAAGAGUUCGUGCAGAGGAUAAAUUAUUUAAAUAAAUGAGUAGAGGACUUUUUGUCAGCUGAUUGCUUAUAGGAGGCCAGGGGAGAUGUAAAUGAGGCCAUGUGAUUCUGUUUUCUUUGUGUUGCAUCAUUAAAUGGGAGGAGUCUUUGGAGGCCUGCUGCAGGAGUUGUGGUGGGAGGAUCUUGCCAGGGGGUUGAGACUCUCUGUUUUUACCCUCAGUGACUUUAUAUUUGCUUUUUCUUCCUUCAUUGUUUUCCUUAGUCUACAAUAAAAGACAU